AUGGACCAACUAACAGCAGCACUGAAGACAAUAAACAACGCAACAAUAAGCGGAAAAACAGAAGUACUUGUUAGAUCUCCAAACAAAAUCGUAAGAAGCUUUAUGGAGUACAUGCAGAAGAAGGGAUACAUCGGAAGCAUUGAGUAUGUAGAUGACCACAGAAAAGGAAAAGCCAUUAUCACACUCAACGGAAGACUCAACAAGUGUGGGUCAAUUUGUCCACGAUUCGACGUGCCUUUCCUCGACCUAGAAAGAUGGAGAAAGCUGUUGCCUGCCAGACAGUUUGGGCACGUUGUUAUCACAACAUCAAAGGGAAUAUUAGAUCACAAUGAGUGUGUUGAGCAGCACACUGGUGGAAAAAUACUUGGGUUCUUCUACUAA